CACGUUAUUUGCAAGAGGAGCCACAAUCCUGGUUGUUGGAAAUGGAGACAAUGAAAUAUUCACAUAGAUGAGGUUUUUCCUUCAUUUUUCCUCAACAUGGAUUGAGAGGAGACUGUCAAAAGGUUGCAAUGGAGACCCUGCCAAUAGGCUGGACUGUGCACACCUGUGACCAGGAAGGAGAUGUUCCAGGAGCAGGACAGGUGGAAGGGAGAGCUGCUGCCAACACUGACACACAUGUUCAUGAUCUGUUCCACGAGGAUGCACAGGGUUUUCAGGACUCUAGUCAGCCCUGGUGGAAGAUCAAAAUAUUCGUGUGGGAGCCGGUUCUCUUUGGUACCUGGGAUGGUGUUUUUACCACAUGCAUGAUCAACAUUUUUGGUGUUGUUCUGUUCCUGCGAACUGGCUACCUGGUGGGAAACACAGGUGUGUUCCUUGGGAUGCUGCUGGUCUCUAUGGUCGUAGCGGUUGCUUUAGUGACUGUAAUGUCAGGGAUUGGAGUUUGUGAACACUGUGGUGUCGGUAGUGGAGGAAUCUACUCCAUGAUUUCCACUGUCCUGGGUGGCAGGGUCGGAGGUACAGUCGGACUACUUUACGUGUUCGGACAGUGCGUAGCUGGUGCCAUGUACAUCACUGGGUUCUCCGAGUCGGUGGCAGAGCUACUGAGUCUACAGAGUGAGUGGGCCGUUCGCGGCAUGUCGGUCACAGUGCUGCUGGCUCUGCUCGGGAUCAACCUGGCUGGGGUCAAGUGGAUUGUGAGAAUUCAGCUGCUCCUGCUGGCUGUGCUUGCUGUCUCCACGCUGGACUUUGUCAUUGGCACCUUCACACACCUUGAUCCAGAGCAUGGAUUUGUCGGUUAUUCAGCCAGGCUUCUCAGCAGCAACACAAUGCCAGAUUACACCCCAGGGGAAAACUUCUUCACUGUUUUUGGAGUCUUCUUCCCUGCUGCUACAGGGGUUAUGGCAGGCUUCAACAUGAGCUCAGACCUUCAGCGGCCUGAACACAACAUCCCUGUGGGAACGCUGGCAGCUGUCUUUACCUCGUGGUUCCUGUAUCUGGUCUUUGUCUUCCUCCUGGGGGCCAUCUGCACCAGAGAAGCACUGCGUUAUGACUUCUUAAUAGCAGAAAAGGUCUCCUUGGUGGGUUUCCUCUUUCUGCUGGGGCUCUACAUCUCCUCCUUGGCUUCUUGCAUGGGCGGCCUGUACGGAGCACCCAGGAUCCUUCAGUGCAUCGCCCAGGAGAGAGUCAUCCCCGCUCUGGCCUUUCUGGGAAAAGGGAAAGGCCCCAACAGGACCCCCGUUGCAGCUAUCUGUCUGACCAGCCUGCUGACCAUGGCUUUCGUUUUCAUUGGCCAGGUCAACGUACUGGCCCCCAUUGUCACCAUCAACUUCAUGCUCACAUACAGCUUUAUUGACUACUCCUAUUUCAGUGUGGCAAAAACCUUCCAGAUGCAGACUAAAGAGAAGCAGGAUGCCCUGCUUCUGGCCAAAAGAAACCAACGCAGGUCAACCAGGCGAAGCUCCAAACCACUGAUUGAUGCCACUUUCCCAAACUAUGGGAGUGGAGGUGAGGGUCAUCAGGGUAAAGGCACCCUGCUGGAGUUCACCAAAGACAUGGACCACAUCUUUCCCCCUGUUUCAAAUGGAGAUCCGGGAGCUGAGAAGAACUCCCAGACACAAGAACUCAGCAGCUCCUGUAGAAGCAGAAAGGCUAAUGUCAAUGCUAAGCAGAUGCUAAUGGACAGCUUUGGCAUAGACCUGAACAGCAAUGUAUUUAUGGAUGAAAAUGAAAGGGAGAGUGGUUCAGCUCCAUCACAAGAGGAAGCUGUGGAGAAGCGUGGAAGUGGACAGCCAGAAUCCAUGGAAAAAAUGUGUGAUAUUCAGCAGGACACAGCUCUCGGGCCUCACAGUCACAGCCCAGGUCCUGGAAAUAAAGCAGAGCAUGAGAACUUUGAAAUCAAACCCAUUAAGGAUUCACUUUAUGGGAAGUUGUGCAACCACUGGGUCGCUCUUAUUGGUGCAGUGAGCUCCAUUUUGAUCAUGUUUGUUAUUCAGUGGAUUUAUGCCUUAGCAAAUAUAGUGGUAGCAUUCUUACUUUUCUUCUACAUCGGGAAAACAAAUCCUGGACUACCCACAGGUAUUGCUGCUCGUUUCAGCUUUUUCAAAUGGCUGAAAUCAACACUGAGAAACAUUGGCAGGAGAGCAGGAUCUACUCGGGAUGAGAUCGUAGUGACACCCUCUCUGUCUGGGGUUGGAGUGAAAACCAAGCAGCUGACGGAGGACAACGCUGACUUUGCCUCUCGUCACCGCUAUCACCAGUCCUCGUUCAUCAGGCCCGACAAGAUGGUGCAGCCUCAACUCCACUGACUGACUUUACCUUGCACGUACAUCAACGCUGACAGCCUCAAACCACAUUUUCUGCCUCAGUGUCAUGUGCACAAACCACAUACACCUCCUGCUUAUCGGACACUUAAUCACUCAGAUCAUUGUCUUGUGCUUAGAAGUCUGAGCUGUUCCUAGAAUUGCACAGUGAGCAUCUUACAUUAAAGUGAAGUGAAUUUUGUUUUAAUGUGAAGUACUUACAGCUCUUAUUUCUAAGUGUCAUAGUGUGUAAAUGUAUUCACUGUCAGAUCACUGUACUGUAACUAACAUGUUAUGUAAGUGUUGAUGGGGUUUCUCACAUGUUCAGUGUAAA